CAGGAUGUCAAGGAGGAGCCGCAGGAAGCUCCUAACACCUUGACACCGGAAGACGACGACGAGUGUUGCUUCGAAGAAGACACGUCGAUAGACGAGGGAAUGGGUCUUGACAAUGUGAGCUCGGCGACCCUCAGGCCCUUUAACUCGGACAUCAACACACCGAGGAUCGACAGCUACAGGUUCUCCAUGGCGAAUCUCGAAGAUUCCCAGGAUGUUGACCUGGAUGCGAUCCUUGGUGAAUUGUGCGCCUUGGAGCGACGUUGCGACGGUGACAUCGCCGCUACUCCCGCACCAGAUUCACAAAGACCCGGACGACCCACCAGCACAAGGAUCAACCCAGGCGACAAUACUGACAUCAAAAAUGAAGGAGGUAUGCGCACUGAUAGUCCUGAUAAUGACAGUGCGUUCUCAGACACGGUGUCCAUGUUGUCCAGCGAAAGUUCGGCGAGCAGUAGUGGUUCCGGACACAAGCCACCUCAGACCGCCAUGCACACAGCUCCUCAACAACAAUCGCACCAGUUUGUCGAUACAGCGAGCAAAGCGAAAGCAGAGAAAAUCCGCCUGGCGCUGGAGAAGAUGCGCGAGGCGAGCGUACAGAAGCUCUUCAUCAAAGCGUUUACGCUGGACGGCAGCGGUAAAAGCCUCUUGGUCGACGAAGGGAUGAGCGUCGCGCACGUGUGUAGGUUGCUCGCGGACAAAAACCACGUUCCAAUGGAUCCGAAGUGGGCCGUGGUCGAGCAUUUGCCCGAUCUCUUCAUGGAGAGGGUUUACGAGGACCAUGAAUUAUUAGUGGAAAAUCUUCUACUAUGGACCAGGGAUUCCAAAAACAAGUUGCUUUUCGUCGAGAGACCGGAUAAAACACAACUAUUUCUCACGCCCGAGCGAUUCCUUCUCGGUCCCACAGAUCGCGGCGGUGGCGAGUACGACGACCACUCGAGAAAUAUUCUAUUAGAGGAGUUCUUCUCAAGCAGCAACGUCGGCGUACCCGAGGUCGAGGGUCCGCUGUACUUGAAAUCGGACAGUAAGAAGGGCUGGAAGAGGUAUCACUUCAUUUUACGAGCCUCCGGUCUUUAUUACUGGCCGAAGGAAAAGGCGCGCACCGCUCGAGACCUCGUCUGUCUGGCAACCUUCGAUGUUAAUCAGGUUUAUUAUGGCGUUGGCUGGCGAAAGAAAUACAAAGCGCCUACCGACUUUUGCUUCGCCGUAAAACAUCCACGACUGCAACAGCCCAAAUCCACCAAGUAUAUUAAAUUUCUCUGCGCGGAAGAUAACGCGUCUUUGGAGCGUUGGAUGGUUGGCAUUCGCGUAGCGAAGUACGGCAGGCAGCUAAUGGAAAAUUAUCGAGCACUCGUGGACGAGCUGGCGCAGGAGGAUUUGGACUUAUUGGCACAUGCCAGAUCGUGCUCGGUCAGUUCUAUUGCUGCACCUCCAAAUCAAACCCAGUAUAAUACGACAAAUGACAACGCCAGACAGUUUGCGGAGAACGUAAGGCACAGCAACGAAACGACAGUCGCUACGACGAGGCAAUACGACGCUCAAAGACAGAGUUAUAAUUCGGAACAGCGGCAGAGUUAUAACAACGAUGGCAGACUGAGCAGAGCGAGCAGCUCUAGCUCCAGUGGAUGUUUGUCUGAUGGGGCACCGAGUAGUUGUGAGGUGGCCUUCGAAUGCGGUGAAUUUCCAACCGGGACGAUAAAACGGAAGCCGUCUAUGAAUCCAAAGUUGCCUCUCACAUCAAUUACGAGGCAAUUGAAGGAGGUCGGCGAAACUGUUCGAGACGAACCAGACUCCUGCCCAAGCCCGACAAGUUCGGGAUCCGGUACGCUAACUAGAAGGCAUAGUCGUCGACGAAGUGGCACUGACUCUGAUGGGUCCGGAACAUUGAAGAGACAUCAUAGAUCUGGAAACGCGACACCAGUCAGCCCCGUACCUCCUGGCACGCCUGUGAGAGAGAGGGCGAGUCCUAUGGGAUACAGCAGAUCGGAGAGUCAGGAAUCGAAAACGCCGACGAGUCCAAUACAAACGUGCAUGAUGGAGUCGAUUAGCUCGCUACCACCGCCACCAUCACCAUCAAGAGUUGUCGAAGAAGUUGAGUCCGACAGCGAACCGCUUCCGCCCCCACCUCCCGAAAUGUUCCGAUCGAAUCUCUCGCUGGAUUCUCUGCCACCGCCGCCAGCGCCUGGUGAACUUCCGAUUUGCAACACGCCGGAGCUUACGGGCUCCUCGUUGAGUCUCGCGUCUCUACCGCCACCGCCGAGUCCACUUGUCGGCGAAACUGGAACGAUACGUCGCGCUAGACCCAAACAGUCCACCCCUACGAACUCUGUGACUCCCGAGAGCACACCCACGCAUAAUCCCAAUCCUAGGUCACAAGCCAAUCAAAUGUAUACAAAUAGUAUCGCGUUAAACAACUCAGUCCAGAAUUACAAUUCGAAUACGUCUCCGAAUGCUCACGCGAACAAUACCGCCAAUUCCGUAUCCUCUCCGCACAGUUCCUAUCCAGGAUCGACGGCAAGUACGCCGACCUAUACCCCAAACUCGCCUAAUUUCACAUCGCCACCACCCUUCGUACCACCGCCGGCUUAUAGUGCUCAACCGCCACUUACCAAUUCCCAGAGUCUCGGCCGGCAAAAUUCCAAAGUCGAAUCGAUAUACCAGACCGGUCAUCAUAACACGAUUCAGCCGAUUAGGCCGAAUCCCAACAUGGACACCGUCCGACGUAGCGCUAUGAAACAAGGAACUGGUCAUUACGCAACACCACCUUAUCUAGCCGAAUUAAAGGCCGCCUCGAGUCCGCAGCCGCAACGACGAGUGACUAUCCAAGAACCACCAACGUCACCCAAAUCGAAGACCGGAACCGGCAAGAAGAUCUCAUUCAAUCUACCACCCCAACAGGAACCAGGCAGUCCUGCAUUGCCGCAACGGAAGCCGACGCCGCCUAGAAGAUCCGACAGCACCAGGCUUACGUCACCGAAGAAGCUGGCAGCGUCUGAUCAAGCGCCACCGGGCGAUUUCCUCAAAGAUCUGCAGAGAGUGAUGAGAAAGAAGUGGCAAGUUGCUCAGAAGUGCAAGUUAGACUCGACAACGACGCCGCACGAGGUGCUCGGUUUUCGGGACCCACCGCCUGCCGUGGCCGACUACAGGGAGACCAACGUGUCCAAUUGGGUACAAGAACACUACGGUGCGGAUAAUCUGUAUGAGAAUGUAUACGCUACAGAUCCCAACGGACCGGUUGAAUACGCGUCCAGUCCGGCCAGACAAACGGUGAGGUUCGCAGAUGAAAAUCGCAGCAUGAACAUUGUUAAUGCAAUCGCGGGCAAGAGACGGCCGCCACCACCGCCGCCCAAGAGGGCCGAGACCACGCAUCUUACCACCACCAGGGCGAUGCACUGACAAUAGCAGAUAAUCCAGCCCCAUCCCGAGAGGCGAUGGUAUUGCUGUCUUUGCGGCUGGUGGAAGGAGUGAGAACGAAGGCGGGAGACGGCUCCGUG